CUGGACGAAAAGAAGAGGAAAAGGAGUGUUGAGACACGUGUAUCAAUUGACAGAAUACGUCCUCAACCACCACCUGAGAGAUCUGGAGCGAAGAAAAGUUAUGAGCUAAUGCAGGACGUGGAGGCGUUCGACAAUGGUGCCUGGUGCGCUGGAAAAGUUAAAGUCAUUUUGUUUGAUGGCUCGUGUUUUGUCUCUUUGAACAAUUCUAAAAAACAAAUUUACUUCCACCAUUCUGAGAUGCGAAAACCAAGAAAAUGGGUAGAUGGUGUUUGGGAGAUGACAAAAAAGGUAAAACAAAUGCCUUGGAUCACUUGAAUUGAAAAAUAAUGUCAUUUGUUUAAUAUCUCGGUAUUGAUUUUCAGAUGGAAGAAGAGCAGACGCAGAGUGUGAAUCCAAGUGAAGGAGAUGGUGAUAAAAAGGGGAAGGCGAAGGCUGUCGCUUGUAAGAAAAAUGAAGCAGCUGGUCCAUCAGAAGAUGGUGUUGGGAAAAUGGCAAAAGAGAUGGAAGUAAAGCAGGGUAAGAGUGUGAAACCAAGUCAAGACGAUCAUGCAAAAAAGGGGAAGCCACAUGUUGGUAAGAAGAAGAAAGCAAAUGCUCAGCCAGUAGAUUUGCUUCCUUUUCUACAGCGAGAAGAGAAGAGGCCAAUACGACCUAGAAACCCUCCUAUACCUGUAACACCUGAGGUAAUCCUUCCAAUUGAUCCAUUUGUGACACCUGAAUUUCCUCGGUUUUCAAGGCUUGCACACUGGAUGGAUCUACGGGGCAUAUAUCGUGUGUAAGCAACUUUUUGUCCUCGCAUAAAUAUUCCUAAUUUAUUUUGUAAAAGUUUCGAUUGAUACUAGUUAAUUUUAUCAACUACAGACCGUUUUAUAUCAAUGGAAAAGAAAUUGAAAAAGAGUUCUUUCAAAAAAUGGACGAUGCAGAAAAAAAUCUCAACAAAGAGGUAAUCAA